AUGAAGGCAAGCAUCCUUUGCCACGAUGGACUGUGUUCCGCUCGUCAGUAUGAGUUGGCGUACAAGACCGCACAGCUCGAAACCGGAUAUGAAAAGACCAUAGGUCAGCUGGAAAGCCUUAUCAACGAAGAGGCGACUCGAGCACUGCGUGCCAAAUGUCACAUAUUCGAGACGGACAAUCAAUUGUUAAAGAUGCACUGUGAUCGAUUGGACAAUGAUGUUAUGGAGCUUGCGAAGACACGAGACAACUUGAAUCGACAGCUAGCGCAAGCCCAAGAUGAAAUCAAAGCUUUGCAAUCAUCUCUUCGAACAAGCAGUCGCGCCAUGCAAGGGUUGAAGACCGAUCUUGAUGCAAAAAACCACAAAGAUUCCGACCACGAGCACAUUCUAGCAGAUAGACUUGCUAUUUCGAAAGAAUUAGCCGCUUUAAAGCAAGAAUUUGAUCGCCUUAAAGGUCAAAAUAGCUCUCACAAAGCGCUUAUUGCUGAGAAACAGUCCUUAGAACGCCAGCUAAAUUCUCUGGAGGUCCAGAUGGAAGAGGAGAGACGCGCAUUUGAAAGAAAUAAUCUAACCAAUCCUAAUAGCCGGAAUGAGGCGCAAUACCAAUUGGAACUGGUGCAGGAAGAAUUGAAGAAAGAGGUAGAAGGUAGACUUCGUCUGGAAAAAGAGGGACAUGACAAGUCUGUCGAAUGGGAGAAUCAGAAGAAAGCUCUGGAGGAGCGGUUAUUGACAGUGCGAAAACAGCUACGAUCGGCUAAAGAUAAAUUAAAAGAAUAUCGGCAGAGUACGCACACACUGCCAAGACAAAGCCAAUCUCGCCAAAAUGGUUCAAUUGAUCGAGAUACUUCCCUUGUGCAUGAUGGUGUCGGAUUUGGUCCCGAAAUGACUAUUGCAACACCUGGGGCCGUUCGCAUUGCUGCAGAUACGAAACGACAGCUUACUAUUCCUGGAGAAAAAUCUGCCUUUUCGAUUACUCCUUACCUUAAUCGGAAUAAAAAUACGACAUGCUCUCCAACUAGUUCAGACGAUGACCUCCAACUAGAUGUCGAUAAACAUAGUUUCGAAAAGCAGCAGAGACCAUCGAUAGGCAGCCCCCACGUUAGGCGGCGCAAUGAAGAUCAAAUAGUUCCUAAACUUGAUCAUAUGAAUCAACAUACAUUAGAUGGUAACGGAGUCGGCUCUGAGCCUUUUAAUGCGGGAAAGUUCAAUGUUAACUCAGCGCGCGACGAUACGCGACUACCGAGCAAGAAUGGAGGAACACGACCAGCUACGCAGAGCGCAUCUAAUAGGAACCCUUCCUUGGAGGGUAAGCAAAAUCAGAGAAAAAGGAAAGUAUUAGGCACACAACGCGAUAAGACGCUAUUCGAUGACGAGGACGAACAGUUGGAAAGACCAGUCAAAGAGAGAAGGCUCACUUCUACCUUGAAUGCUGGGAUUCAGCCAUUCCGCCUUGCACGUCAGACAUUCAAUGAGAUGUCCAGCUUUUCUCCACUAAAGCUCUGGAAUUUAUUUCUGUCGAAGUCCAAUUGUGGCCUCAUACACAUGCCUUUAAGAUUCUCCCUCUCUUUUUCGUUGCGGCAACGAUUCCAGUACUGUCAGACUUCCAACCUCUCGGUAACUUUCAGGCGGUUUGCUUCUUCGAAGCAGUGGCAGUCGCGCCAGAAAAAUGAUAUCUACACAAGAGAAGCCACUGUCCAAGGGCUGAAAAGCAGGGCAGCAUUCAAGCUGCUGCAGAUUGACGAGCAAUAUCGGAUUUUUCGGAAGGGGCAGACGGUUGUUGAUCUCGGCUAUGCUCCAGGAUCUUGGUCUCAAGUUGCAGUGAGUCGUACCCAGCCGAAUGGAAGGGUUCUAGGAGUAGAUAUCAUUCCGGCCCAGCCACCAAAAGGAGUUUCGACAAUACAAGGCAAUUUCCUUUCUCAAGAAAUACAGCAAUAUGUCUUGGAUUUCGUACGCGAUCCAAACCGAGGCCGACCCCGAUCACCUUCGCUAUCGGAAGGACGAUUCAUAAGCACAAUAGAUCAAAUUGCUGCAGAUACCAGUAACACAAGGGAGCAGGCGUCUGAUCAUACUGGAUCGCCCGUCAAGGGAUCUGGUAUACCAUCAGAACGUACUGUCGAUGUAGUUCUAAGCGACAUGUCCGCACCCUGGGUCCAGACGAGAGGAUUUUGGAAUAGAAGUCUUAGUAACCCUUAUCACAGGAUGAUGAACACCAGUGGUAUCAACUUUCGAGACCAUGCUGGUAGUAUGGAUCUAUGUCGAGCCGCUCUUCAGUUCAGUUUCAACGUUCUCAAAACUGGCGGGCACUUUGUCUGCAAAUUUUACCAAGGAUCGGAAGACAAAAUCCUCGAAAAGCAACUCAAAGCUCUGUUCGACAAAGUGCAUAGGCUGAAGCCAGAUUCAUCUCGGAGCGAAUCACGAGAAGCCUUCUUUGUCGCUAUAGCCAGGAAGCAAGACGCAUCAAGAUCAGCAGUCCUUACGGCUGACUGA